UUUUUCGUCCAAUGAGGGCGUAUUCACGUGGCCUAAUCGUUCUUCUGGACGCUCUCUACUUGUAAACAGCCUUGGAAUUGGAGACUCGAAAAUCCAGUCUUGGGUCUUGGGUUUAAUACUCGCCAUUCGCCAUUCGGUCUCCAGCGGCCUCAAAACCUUUGGAAAGCGUCGUCAAAGUUGGAACUUUAAAAUGAAACGAACCGGUGUGUUGCUGCUAAUUAUGGGUUUGGUUGGCCUGUCCAGCCAGCAGGGCCGAGUGGCCCCAGGGGUUCCUCCUCAACAAUAUAACCCACAGCACCACCAGCACAUGAACAAUCAUCAACAGCAGGUGCCCAUGCAGCAUCACCAGCAAGUACCUGUGCAACAUCAACAACAAGUUCCGGUGCAACAUCACCAACAAGUUCCGGUGCAACAUCACCAACAGCACCACCAACAAGUACCUGUCCAGCAACACCAGCAAGUUCCAGUGCCGCAGGUGCCAGUGCAACACCAAGUUCCUCAACAGCAGCACCAAUAUGGACAGCCCCAGGUGCCAGUCCAUCACGCGGCUCCACCCCAACAAAUCCUCAACGUAGCAAACAUGGCGCAGGAAAAAGACCACCUGAAAGAGCAUUUGCAUGUUCCUGUAGACACGAGCUCCAUGAGUGACCAGGAGCUACAGUUCCACUAUUUCAAGAUGCAUGACGCUGACAACAAUAACAAGCUCGACGGUUCUGAGCUCAUCAAGUCUUUGAUUCAUUGGCAUGAGCAAGGCCAUCACCAUGAUACUCCAGGAGCACCUCCACCACCUCCAACUGAGCAACAGCAGAAGAUUUUCGAUGACCAAGAACUAGUGAACUUGAUAGACCCAAUCUUGUCCAUGGACGAUGUCAACCGUGACGGAUAUAUUGAUUAUCCCGAGUUUGUGCAGGCACAGCAUAAGGCAUCUGCCACACCUCAAGUCAAGGCUUAAAUACUGUGUUUUUCGAACGCAAGGACUUUGUUGUACAUUGUGAACGUUUUAGCGUACUUAUUUGUCUGCAAACAACUCUCUUGUUUUGUGUAAGGAUGUUGAAGCAUGAGAUUUUUAAAACUUUGUUACGAAGAUAGAUUGAGGGUAGCGGUUUAGUUAAUAUUAUGAUGGUUUAAGUCCAGCACAAUGUUGAGACUGACCUUUAAUUUGGCAAAAAUUUGGGGCUCUGAUCAUUGUAUGUAUGAAUAAUUGUGCUGUUUUAUAGUUGAAAUGUCUCAGAUUGAAUCUUUCCCACUUUUACCUUUUUGUUGAAUGUUCACAGAAAAUCUCAUUAGAAAAGAUCGUGUACGCAUUUAUUCUCAUUAUAUACAAAUAUAGACUAAAAAUGUGCAUCGCAACUUGGCGGUUUCAGUUGAUCACGCGGAUGAACAUGUAAAUGCAAGGACAAGCUUCACAGACCAGGAGCUAGUUGAAGCACUAGAUUUAAUGCUGACACGUUCAGACAAGGAUGAUGAUGGCUACCUGACCUAUGCCGAAUACACAAGAAGUUUAGA